AUGCUGCAGAGUUUGUGGAACUAUCGCAGAGUCUUCCUGAUUGUCCUCACACCACUGCUGCUGCUUCCUCUUCCUGUUGUCAUCGGGACAAAGUUGAGUCUUUUUAUCACGCCAGACCAAAGCAUGUAAACCAUAUGAACAAAGUUUAUGAAACAAAGUACAAAAAGUUAUUUUAAACUGAUAAAUUUACUGUUGUGUGUCUCUGUUAUGGAGAGUCAAUUGUCUGUGUGGUUUGUCCCUGCAGGAGUCAGAAUGUGCCUUCGUGUUGCUGCUGAUGGCGACGUUCUGGGUGACAGAGGUAAUUCCUCUGUCUUUGACCGCCAUGCUCCCCGCCGCCCUCUUCCCCAUGUUUGGGAUCAUGAAGUCCUCAGAUGUGAGUCCAUUCAUGAGUCUGUGAGCAGAUGGAGCUUUUCUGAAAUAUUGUAUAUAAGUGUUUGCUUUAAAUCUGUCCUCCAACUUUUUCAACUAAUAAAUAUCUUACAUCUGGAAAUCUAUCUCGCCAACAGUUGGCUAAAGUUUUUAAGCUACGAUGUUGGUAGAAUAACUAACUAACUUACUAAAACCAAAUAAUUUGACUUACUAACUAAUUUACUGUCGAAAGAACAAACAAACGGAAAUACUGACUAGCUAACAUAAAGAAAUGCUAACUAACUAAUAAGAUAACUAACUCACUCACUCACUCACUCACUAACUUACAAACUAACUAGCUAACUAACUCAUUAACUAUCUAGUUAACUAACUAACUUACAAACUAAGUAGCUAACUCACUAACUGACUUACAAACUAGCUUAUUAACUCAGACACUAACUAUUGUUACUGGCUUUCUCACUCGUCACUUUGAAACUACCUAUGUGUGACUAACUUCCAAUGUUUCUCUGACUAACCACCUAACGAACUAUCUUUCUUACAUUCUACCUUACUAACUGACUCAAUAACUUACUAGCUGACUAAAUACAGACUAGUUAAUGUACAGGCUGGAAUGCUAACUAGCUAACUAGAUAACUAACUCACUAAAUAAAUUACAAACUAACCAGAUAACUAACUCACUAAUUGACUAGCUAACUAACUUACAAACUAACUAGCUAACUAACUCACUAACUAACUAUUGUUACUGGCUUUCUCACUCAUCACUUUGAAACUACCUAUGUGGGACUAACUUCCAAUGUUUCUCUGACUAACCACCUAACGAACUAACUUUCUUACUAUCUACCUUACUAACUGACUCAAUAACUUACUAGCAUGCUUAAAAUAAAAUAAUUCUACUAACUGACUAACUCACUUAAUAAUGAACAGGCUGAAAUGGCUUGAAAAACAAAUUCAUUGACCAACUAACUAACUAACUGACUAACUUAAAAAAUCUAUAACUAACCAACUAGCUAAUCACUUACCAACAUGGUGGAAAAUGAACUAAAAAGCCAAAUAACUCUACAGCAAACUAACCAAUUUAUAAACUAUCUGAAUGACAGACUUACUAACAAAUGACUUGAUAACUACCUUCUUACCUUCCUACCUGGUCAACAAACUUUCUGCCAACCUACCAAUCUGCUUUUCCUCCUAACUUACUAGCUUACUAAGUUAGUUAUAGUUUGAUUGAAAUCAAUAAUGGCAUUUUUUAAAAACCUCAAUAAUUAACCAAAGUGUGAUCUUUUCAUGACUUAUUUAGUUUUUGAUCUUGUACAAUCUUGUUUUUAGUAGAGACUGAUGUCAGUUAAAAAGCAGUUAGUGAAUGAUAAUAUAUAUUUUUUUUUAACUUUUCUGUCAAUGACUUUGUACUUUCACACCUGAAUUUUCCUUGUUACUUCCUCACUGUUUCCCCUGCAGGUGGCGAAGGAGUACUUCAAAGACUUCCACCUCUUGUUGGUAGGCGUCACCUGUCUCGCCACGUCCAUAGAGAAGUGGGGUCUCCACCGCAGGAUCGCCUUGAGGCUGGUCACCAUGGUGGGAGUUAACCCUGCACUGUGAGCGACAGGCUUCUUUCUCACAGAACUCAGAUUUUCCUCACAGAGGGAUUUGUUUUUUGUUUUUUUCAGGGGUGGGGGCUUUUUUAUGUUCUUGUUUUUAAUCUCUAUGCUGGGAACAUUUUCAAAACUCAUCUGGGUUAAUUCUGCCACUGAAAGCUCCUGUGAGGAGAUUUUAUCUGAUGAUGAAACAGACUGAAACUGACACUGACACGCCUUUAUGGUGGACAGAACAAACCUGUAUCAGCAGACCAUCAGAGAGAACAGAGACUCCAGCUGUUAAAUCAUUUUACAUGCCUGACAUCUCUGCAGGGUGAGGCUAUGAAUGCAUGCAGGAGUAACAGCCUUUCAUAGAUUUCAGAGGAUCAGGGACUCUAAAGGUGAAUCAGGUCACGUACCGGGUCAUGUUUGGACCGGUUUCUUCACUAACUUUCCUGCUGUGAUCUUCAGGUUGAUGUUGGGCUUCAUGUCCGGCUGUGCAUUCCUCUCCAUGUGGGUCCAAAACACCUCAGCUGUUACGAUGGUGAUGCCCAUUGUGGAGGCUGUUCUCCAGCAGAUCCUGAAGGCCAGUGAGGGCAGAGGUGCUGGUGAACACAACCCCAAUUUGCAGCUUGAUGGUACUUGGAUUUACUAAUAAUUCUGAUAAUUAGAGAGAGUAUUUUAUUUUGACCCAAACCCCUAAAAUACAAAAAAAGGUUUUAUUGUGUUUGUCUGUAACACGGCAGUUAAUUUUUCCUUUAAAUCAGACUGGACUCAACCUUAGAGGAUUUCUUACUGAAAUAUGUCCAUAGAACCCAGAAGAGUUUCACUGAAUCCAUCACGAUCAACAGUUAGCAACUGAGAAUCAUUUAUCAAACGUGCUGCUGUUGGUUUGGGGAAGCUGAGUAGGUGAUCCACAACAGCUCCUGUCACAACAACCCCCCCUCAAGGCCCGUGUGGGUGAAAGGAAAGAAAGAAUCAGAAGUAAAAGGGUGGAAGGAAGGGAUGCAGAACGAAAGGAAUGAAAGGGAAGGAGAGGUGGAGGUUUGAAUUUUUAGAAGUGCUGGAAGAGGAACUGUUGAUGGUCAUGCUCCUGAAACCUUCACUUCAUAUGUUUGAUGAUACAAACAGCUUCACAGCUGAGUCUAUGAGUCUGUUUGGUCUGGGUUUUUUUUUAGAAUCUGACGGCCAAGUUGAUAAUAUUGAAGAGGACAUGAGGUAUGUGGAGCUAUGAUUUUAAGUGUCGCUCUCACUCUCAGAGUUUUAAAUAAAAUAUUCUGUAUUUGUUGUGGUGCCUUCACUGUUCCAUUGGACUCUGGAGUGUUUCAGUGCAGUAGGCGUUAGUACCAUCGUGGUUUGUCUCUCAGGGACCAGAAGCAUCUCGAUGUUCCUGAAGAAACCUUCACUAUGCAGAUACAGACAGCAACUCAGCCUGGCACAGUUCAGGUAAACAAACACUGAUGCAUGAAGUGGCAUGUCCUUCGCCCAGGCUCCCUACUUACUUGUUCCUCUUUACCAUUAUUAGGAGGAAUAUUAGCCGUACAAUGAAACUUCCACUAAAGCUGCUGCUCGCUAGUGAUUCCACCCUCUUUGUUGUCUUGCAGGUUGCUGCAUGUCAGCCUGCAGCCCCCAGCAGGAAUAAACGAGACCUGAGGAUUUGUAAAGCGAUGUGCAUCAGCGUCGCCUACUCCUCCAACAUCGGAGGCAUCAGCACGCUGCCGGGCACUUCGCCCAAUCUCAUCUUCUCUGAGUACCUCAACCAGUGAGUGCUGCGCCUGACAUGCUGGGUGAAUGGGUGUGAAACAAAAGAGACAUCAAAUCAGAGGGAAGGACAAUAACAACAAUACAAAAAGAGACAGAAAACACAAAACUCUGCCAAAGCUUUGAAGCAGCAUAAAAAAAUAACUCACUUUUCUAACUUCACCCUCAAAUCCAGGAUUUACCCAAACUGCAACUGUGUCAACUUUGGGAACUGGCUGCUGAUGUGCUUACCCAUCAGUGUGAUCAUGCUGCUGCUCACAUGGAUAUGGCUGUGCUGGCUCUUCAUUGGCUCAGAGUGAGUCUCAACACUUAUUCGUUUUACAUUUUGGGCUCCAGUUAGGUGGUCUUUUAUUUCCCUUCACAUUAUUCAAGACAGGAAUAGCCGAAUUACUCUGUUUGGAUUAGAUCCCUCUGAAUGAAUCAUGAUUGUAAUUCUGAUGUCAGUGUUAGUGGUCUGAUUGUGUCAGAAAGGUCAAAUACAACCACAGGUUGUCACCCCACUGUGUGCUUUUACCCAGUCGUGGUUAAUCAUGCGCCUCACUGUGACCAUUUCUCCGCCUCCCAUCAGUUAUGAAAUUACGAACACACCCUCACUCUCUCUCUCUCUCUCUCUUUUACACACUAACAGCUUCAGGUUCCUGUGGAGGUGUGGAGGAGAGAAGACUGAGAGAGACAGAGCGGCCAGGAGAGUCAUAGAAGAAGAGUAUAAAUCACUGGGACCUAUGAGGUGAUCACGCAGUCGUUUUAUAUUUUCAUUUAAAUCUUGUCCAGUCCAUUUAUUUAAGUAUGUGCUGUAUUGUUUAUCAGUUUUACAUCAUUCCCACACUCAGUAAUUAGACUGUGCACCGAGGACUUUCUCCAGCCUCCAGUCACUGAUGACAGAGGCUGCAGCAUAAGCACCCAUCAAUAUUAACUAAUCCUGUAGAGCUGCACACUCUUGGGUGCAGCCAGCAGGAGCAGUUUGGGGUUAAAUGUCAGGCCUGAGGAGAGUUCAGUAAAUAAACACUCAAUCAUUUAUUUUUUAUUUUCUGUUCUGCACUUCUAUAGUUUUUACACCACUGUUUAAUUAUUUAAUUGCUUGGUUAUACUUAAUCAUAAAUCAGAUUAAUUAUGAGGUUUUCUUACUCUCUUAUAUUUGAUUAUCUGUCUUUUGCUGAUAAAUGGUAUACUCAUCAUUUAUAAAACAGGAUCCAGUCACAUCUAACUUUUAAAUCAAAUUCCUAUUUCUGUUGGAUAAGAAAUGCCGUCAUGUGUCUAUUGAUUAAUUUGUGUUAAUUUUCAUAGUUUAUUAUGGUUUAUUAUUUGUAAUUCAGUUUGAUUUUUAUUUUAUAUCUCUUGGUUAAUGUAUUUUAAUUUUUUAAGGUAAUUUUAUAUAUUUAUAAAUCCAGGACAGUUUAAUUUGAACUUGUUUUAAUUUAUUUAAUCUAAUUUCUUAUUAUUUGUGAUAAUAUAUUUAUUUAAUUAUUUUAUAUUUCUAUUACAUUUGAAUUAAGAAAUCAUUUGAAUUAAUGAUUUUUUAUGUUUUGAUUUUAAUAUUAAUUCUAUUUAAUUUUAUUUCACUUUAUUUCAUCUUUAUUCUUUUAAAUUUAUUAACUCUGUUUUCUUUUAAUAAUUUUUUAUCUUUUUAUUCAAUUUGAUUUUUUUACUUUAUUUUGUUUUUAUUUUUCCCCCCACAUCAUUUUAUAAUAUUUUUUGUUAUUUUUCAUUUGAAUUUAUUUAAUUUUUCUUUUUUUGUUUUUUUUUAAUUUGGUUUGAGUUUAAUAUUUCAUGUUUCUUAGUUCUUUUUAAUUUAUUCAUAUUUUUAUCUUAUUUUAAAAUUAAAAAUAUUUAAUUUUAUUAAUUUUACAAUAAAAAAAUAUAUAAUUAAAAUUUUUAUCCGGAGUAUAGAGGAAAAUACAACAUUUUCAUACAGAUAUGAUCAAAGUGUGUGUUGUGGCUUUAUAAGAGGAAAUAGAGUGUCUGAUUUUUACCUGAAAGUGCAGAUAUGAACUUAAGCUAUGAAAAAAAGAAAUGACAGAAUACUUCAGCACUCCUUCACUGUUUUCACUGUUCUUCAUUGAAUCAUUCAUUCUGAUGUAUGUCCUCCUCCCUCUCUCUCUCUCUCUCUCUCUCUCUGUCUCUCUUUCUCCACUCAGUCCUCAGGAGAUCUUCACUGGGAUAGUGUUCCUGAUGAUGGUGUUGUUGUGGUUGACCAGAUCUCCUGGUUUCAUACCGGGCUGGGCUUCCUUCUUCCCUGGGUGAGUCAGUUUUUGUUUCACUGGAGUUUAUUUUGGGGUUACAUCAAAAACACGGCUCACACAAACACUCAACACUCAGCUCCAAGCAUGAGUCAACCUGCAGCUGAUAAAACAAUAAAACUAAAACAGUGAAGAUCCUCCUGUAGGAGUGCUGGGUGGUCAGGUAUUUUAGGGAAUUAAUGAGCCUAUUUUAAAUACCAAAGUUUACUUCUGGAUUACUCUUUAAAACCCUCACAGGAACCAUCGUCUAGUCUCAGAAUCAUGUUGAUAUUGUAUGUGCAGUAGAAGGCCUUGAACAGGCUGGAGAAAAUCCUGGUUUAUAUAAUUUCUCUGUCUGUGUUUGGAGCAGUCACUCAGGCUUCAUCACUGACGCUACAGUGGCUCUGCUGCUGGGACUCCUCUUUUUCAUCGCACCUGCCUACGGACCCUCGAUGAAGUAUGGUAAAUAUAGAAUAAAGUUUGGCAGGAGGAGUCCUGGUUACAUCCACCUCAGCACACAGAGAAGUGAAUUCACCCAUGUAUUUAAAAAGCUAUCAUAUAUUCAACAUUUACCUCUCUUCUUCCAGAGACCAUGAUCUCCUGGACAGACUUCCAGACCUCCAUGCCGUGGAAAGUCGCCCUGCUGGUUGGUGGAGGCUUUGCACUCGCUGAAGGAACAGAGGUGGGCACCGUCUCCCCUCCCCAUAUUGACUAGUACUGGUUGAUUGGUCAUUGAUCAUGUUACGUGUGUGUCUGCAGGUAUCAGGACUAUCAUUGUGGGUCGCUGAGCUGCUCACACCUCUGGGCGACCUGCCCGUCUUAGCCACAAUCACAGUGGCGUGCAUUAUUGUCACCAUGGUGACAGAAGUGGCCAGCAACGCCGCCACCAUCACCAUCUUCCUCCCCAUUCUCUCUCCUCUGGUGGGUCCACAGUUUUGAACCCUUGGCUCUUAAAAACUGUAUUUUUAGUUGCUAUGUCGGUGCAUCACUGGGCUGCAGUGGUCUCCCUCUGGUACUCCAGCUUCCUCCCACAGUCCACAAACGUGCUCAUUAGGUUAAUUGGUGUAGGUCUGGGAGUGAGUGUGGCUGCUUGUUUGUCUCUAUAUGUCAGCCCUGUGAUUGACUGGCGACCUGACAAGGGCACCUUCUACCCAAAGCAGCUGUGAUUGAGUGAAAAGACUUAUUAAAAUUGAACCUCUCCUGGAGUAAAGCAUAAACAAGCAGUUAUGAGUGUGAUGUAAAAAUUGCAGAUUGUUCGAAAGAUGGAUGACAGUCCCUGUUUGAUAACAGCUGGUAUCAAAUGAGGGAGAAUAUUUCUGUUUGUGCGAUUUAUCUCUCCAGGCUGAGGCCAUCCACGUUAACCCGCUGUACGUCCUCAUCCCCACCACCCUCUGCACAUCCUUCUCCUUCCUGCUGCCAGUGUCCAACCCUCCCAACGCCGUCGUGUUCGCCUACGGGCACAUUGACAUCCUGGACAUGGUGAGUCCAAUGUCACAUGCACAGAAAGCCAGCAGAUAACAGUGUAUUUCUAAUGUCUGUUUGCUGCUGCAGGUGAAGGCAGGACUUGGUGUCAAUGUGAUUGGCGUUCUCGCCACUCUGUUGGCCGUGUCAACAUGGGGAGUUCCAUUAUUCUCACUGGAUACGUACCCUGAUUGGGCGCCACACCUCCCUGGCUUUAACUCUACCAUGCCAUGA